AUGGACGCCUUCAAGGGGGGCAUGAGCCUGGAGCGGCUCCCGGAGGGGCUCCGGCCGCCGCCGCCGCCGCCGCCGCCGCACGACAUGGGGCCCGCCUUCCACCUGGCCCGCGCCGCGGAUCCCCGCGAGCCGCUCGAGAACUCCGCCAGCGAGUCGUCCGACACGGAGCUGCCAGAGAAAGAGCGCAGCGGGGAACCCAAAGGGCCGGAUGACAGCGGUGCGGGCAGCACGGGUUGCGGUGGUGCGGAGGACCCCGCCAAGAAAAAGAAGCAGAGGCGGCAACGCACACACUUCACGAGCCAGCAGUUGCAAGAACUGGAGGCCACGUUCCAGAGGAACCGCUACCCAGACAUGAGCAUGCGGGAGGAGAUAGCCGUAUGGACCAACCUCACGGAACCGCGAGUGAGGGUCUGGUUCAAGAACCGGCGAGCCAAGUGGCGGAAGCGCGAGCGCAACCAGCAGCUGGACCUGUGCAAGGGCGGCUACGUGCCUCAGUUCAGCGGCCUGGUGCAGCCCUACGAGGACGUGUACGCGGCCGGCUACUCCUACAACAACUGGGCCGCCAAGAGCCUGGCGCCGGCCCCGCUCUCCACCAAGAGCUUCACCUUCUUCAACUCCAUGAGCCCGCUGUCGACGCAGUCCAUGUUCUCGGCGCCCAGCUCCAUCUCCUCCAUGACCAUGCCGUCCAGCAUGGGCCCAGGCGCCGUGCCCGGCAUGCCCAACUCGGGCCUCAACAACAUCAACAACCUCACCGGCUCCUCGCUGAACUCGGCCAUGUCGCCGGGCGCCUGUCCCUACAGCACCCCCGCCUCGCCCUACAGCGUCUACCGGGACACGUGCAACUCGAGCCUCGCCAGCCUGCGGCUCAAGUCCAAGCAGCACUCGUCGUUCGGCUACGGCGGCUUGCAGGGUCCGGGCUCCGGCCUCAACGCCUGCCAGUACAACAGCUGA